CAAACAUCAAAACCAGCCAAAAACUUUCUUAAACGAGCCAUCAAAAAGGCUGCCAGCCUAAGUAAUUCUGUGCGGCACUCGGCACUGCACAGAACGAGUCUUCACUGAUAAGAUCACCGGGCGCUGUGAUGAGGACAAGCCUCCAGCUGGGGCGAUCUCACAUGGCAGCACGCUCUCCCGGCGGCCUCUUCCAACCCAGGUAGUGAGCAUGUCUACCUUCCAGCAAGUCGACUACCACCCUGUACCCAGCACACAAGAGGCCGCUAUUGCCAAAGGUAGCGCAACAGUCCACGCUGCGAGUAUUGCGCUCAGCCAGCAAGACCGCGGGUCCAGACCACCUUCAGACUCGCAGCGACACCGAUCUGGCGCCUCGAAAACAGCCGGCUUUCUCGCCAGACUUGAGGACUGGUGGGUCGUAGAGCUGCUCGGCAUAGUUGUCUCUGCUUGCGCUCUGGCCGCGAUUGUUGGCAUCCUGUAUCACUACGAUGGCAAGCCGCAACCCACAUGGAGAAAUGUGUCACUCAACACGACUAUAUCAUGGCUCAGCACGCUGGCCAAAGUCAUGGUUCUGAUCCCCGUCACAUCUGGGCUCUCUCAGCUCAAAUGGGUCUGGUUUGCACAGAAACGUCGGACAAUGUCAGAUCUCAGAUAUUUCGACUCCGCCAGUCGGGGCAUCAUUGGCAGUUUGGCCCUCAUCUUUGAGCAGCAGGGCAGACACUUCGCUGUACUUGCGGCGCUCGCGACGAUCCUUGCUGUCGGGUUCGAUCCGUUCAUUCAGAACCUUGUGCACUAUACACCCGGGCCAACAGAGAACAUCACAGUGCCGGCUUAUGUGACGUACUCGGCAGACUACAGCACCAAUGGCAUCCCUGCGUCGGCUUCACAAUUGGGCGCUUCGUAUGUCUACUGGAUCGACUCAGUCAUGAAGGCCAACGUCUACAACUCGCUGCUCAAUACGGACAAGUCUCAGGCCUGGUCUAUACCCCAGUUCGAUUGUGCCACUGGCAACUGCACUUGGGAUCCAAUCGCAACGCUAGCAGUACGCCCGAGCUGCAAAAGUUUCUCUUCUGUCCUCGAAAAGAAUUGCUCAUGGCAGAUGGACGACGAAGAGCAAUGUCAGCUCAGCCUUCCCGGGACAGAUUUCGGCCUUUCGUGGAGUGCAUGGCCAGGUCAGCGAGACGUGCCAAUGAACUUGACAACAGCAGUCAACGGCACAGUGCAUUCCGGAGAAAGCUUGCCCGUCGCGCAGAUGAUGAUGGCGAAAGGCAGCAACAGCAACUCCACUGCUUUGGCCUUCGGCAACAGCAUUUCCAAUGCUUCGACCAUCUUUGCUACGGAGUGUGCCUUUCAAAUUUGUGUACAAAGCCUACGUCCUCGCGUCAACAAUGGAGUGUACUACGAGGACAACAUCGAUUGGUGGUGCAACUUCACCCUACAGACUAUGCCUACAAACUACAGCCUCCUCCACAAGGACAACCCCGUUGGCUGGCGCCGAUUGGAGCUCAGUCCGCCAUGGGGAAUCGACCGUGGCAUGCAGGCUGGUCAAUCCUUUGGGAUCGCUUCAAGCUCGCUUUCUUCUCUCAUGGGAUUCAUCCAAGGCAUCUUCGCAGGAGCGGUAACCGUAGUGUCCCCAUCGCUCUCGAUCCUGCCUCCACAGUCCAUGUAUGCAGCACAGGACAUCCUUGGCUCCAUCUUCUACGGCAAUAUAUCCGGCUGUGCCGAUGAAGACGACCAUCUCGUAUGCGCUGCAAACAAUGCUGCAAAAGCAAUGACGAAGACGCUAAGGGACAGCGCUUUUGUCGCCAGCAGGUCGGACAAUACCACCAUGGCUCGCGGCAGAACGUUGAUUAUGGUCAAUUUUGUGCGCAUACAAUGGGUAUGGAUCGUGCUGCCUGCUUUGGUGUGGCUUCUUGCCCUUCUGACCUGGAUCGGAACUUUGUGGAAAAGCUCUCAAGCCAAAGUUCCCCGGUGGCGCGACGACAUACUACCUCUACUUUUCUUGUACCGUGAAGCUGAAGAAGUGCAGCCAGAGAUGGAUGGUGCGGGACAGUCAAGUGCACAGAUCGCGGAAACAUGUACUGCCGCCAAGGUUCAGCUGCAGGCUAAGGAUUUACGAUAUCGUUUGUUGUAGCGCUGACAUUCUACCUCCAAGGGCCAGGAGACUGGAAAGCAUUCAAAGAUCCCGAAUGGCCUUCGUUCCUGUUCUCUCGGCGUGACGCGAUUCACCAUCGUGGGAUCCAUUUGCAAGGUGUAUUGCCCUAGACCGUUCGGCGGUACAGCGUCAUGUAUGCAACUCAUUCUGGAUCGGAUCGCUCAAACUGAGGUGCUGUAUAUCGACAACGACGUCGCCAUACUGGAGGCCACUGCGAGUACAUCUGUGUCAGCUAAAUUCGAGGCAAUCAUACAUCCAUGUUGUAAUUCAAGGAGACUGGACCUCGUCAGUCUAACUUUCCCACUUCCUCGUCUCCCUGAAUCUCAAAGUAACUGGCUUGGCUGGACAAUUCGUCAGCCCUAGAUCACUCAACACCGGCCCCUUCAGGUCCCCUUUUGCAGCCUCAACACGGUCGAACCUCUGCAACAAUCUCACAAUAACGUAGCC